ACAGAGUACAGACAGAUGAAUACCACAGAAACAGAAUACAGACAGACAAUCAAUCUCACAAAUGUGUGAGUGUGAGAGACAUUUUGGCUUUGUGUAUCUUGUGUGACUUCCGAAAGUUUGAUAAAAUAAUAGCAACUUAUAAGAAAUGACUGCUGAAAACGAACGUGAAAUAUAUCAUAAAUUGGAAGCCAUGAAAGAGAUUAGGAAUAAAACAAUAACAUUGGAGCGGAUGAAGCGCAGCAUCCUGAAUGAAGUGCGCAGCGGGGACCAGGAGGGGCGCUGCCUGGCACAGUACAAGCGGGAGAUGGAGCUGCUGCAGCAAGAGAAGAUGAGCCAUGUGGAAGAACUGCGCCAAAUACAUGCCGACAUUAAUGCGAUGGAGACUGUGAUCAAACAAACGGAGGAGAGCAUGACACGCAAGCUGUCGAACGCGUCGCGGCUGCACGAGGACUACCGGCCGCUCAAGGCCGAGGUGGACCUGCUGCGGCGACAGUGUCUCGGCCUCGAGCGCCUGCCCGACCUGCACGAAGAGGAAGGCAGCCCGAUCACUCCCGAUCGGUUCCCCGCGCUGCCGGCGGGCGCGGCGCCGGCCCCGCGAGCGCUGGGCGGGUUCCUGCCGCCGGCGGCGCCCCGCAAGCCGCCCCCUCCGCCGCCUGCGUUCAGGUCUGCACUCGACCAAGAUUUCAUUACCGUCUCGCUGAGACAGCAGCCCCCGCCGAUGAAGUCGUGUCUGUCGUGCCACCAACAGAUACACCGCAACGCGCCCAUCUGUCCGCUCUGCAAGGCCAAGAGUCGCUCUCGGAACCCCAAAAAGCCCAAGAAGAAAUAGUAAGCGCGCCCUCCCCUCCGCCCCGGACCAAGGCCGGCUCCGACCGAUCUCACUCCUUCCCAACACUGCGCUUACUGGCUCACUACACCAGUCCACUAAUGCACUAAUAUAAGCUCUUGUCAAUGUCUAGUUCGUAGCUAAUGUAACAUUCAGUUGAAAUAUACUGGUCACUUCAACUGAACUUGUAAAUAUUUCUUAGUUGACCUGGUAUCAGUGCCAAAAAUGUAUUGUAAAUAAUUAUUCGUAUGAUAUUGUGUAACGUAUUACAUGGAGUUGUUAGUAUGACGACACAAAUGACUUGUCUCGGACUGUGACAGCGGAGUACUUGUUUGGUCCACACGGCACAUUAACUCAACAUGCUCAGCGCUCUACUGUACACUCGUAGUCUUUACCGUGUCCAGAGAAUUCUUUAUGUACUUACACAGUUCCAGGGGUCAUAGUGCCUUAGGCAUUCAACUAGAAUUAUACAUUUACGUGUUUGUAACUACGUACAGUACCCACAGAGAUACUAAGGGCUUGUUCCACAAUGUCCCUGUUAGUUUAAUUUAUGGAUAAUUUUGAAGUAGCCUAUUACAUGGGACUCAUAACAUAAAUAGUGAAAAGUGGGUGCUACAUUGUACAGUGGCAUAAUGUGCACCUCUGCCUACCCCUUCGGGGAUAAAAGGCGUGAUGCUAUGUUAUGUUGUAAUUUUGAAGUAUUCUACCAUACAAAAUGUAUCAGCUAAACAGUAACUUGAUCGGAUAUUGUGGAAAAGGCGCAGGCUUUUGAAAUUGACACGAAUACAAAGUGUUCCACGUGUAGAUAUUUUGUUUAUAUAAAAUUAUAUGUUUGUGUUGGUUUCCCGCGAGCACAGUGGCGCCCCCUGCCCGUACCUCUAGUUAGCAUAUGUGUCGGAUGUAAGUUGCUCUGGUUUCUAUAAAAACAAUGCUUGAUUAAUCAGUGAAUGAAUAAAUUUGUAAUGAAUAACAUUUGUUUGAGGUCAGCUAUUUAGUUGACUCAGAUGUGAACUAGUUGUAAGGUAAGAGUGUCGUGUCAUCAGUUUGCAAACAGAGCGACUCAUCGCCGCCGGGGCCUGUGACCCGGUCAUGUAACGAACUAUUGUUGUGUUGUAUAACGCAGCGACUUGUACCUAGUCUAUCGAACGCCAGUACCUAAGUAUAGUAAGUAAGGUAGUGUAAAUAUAAAUAAGGUGGAAGUGUACUAGCCGCUAGCCGCUCGUAGCUGCGCGGUACGAGCGCGGUGCUGUGUGGGUAGCUCGGGACUCGGGACACAUCGAGCUGAAUGGAAGAGCUGCAGCAGCGAGUCCACAGCCGCUGCGAUACUUUUAUAAUGUAAAAAUAAAGUGUUUAUCAGUGUCA